GUGAGAUUUUCCACAAAAUCAACGACCACGGGCUUUUUGAGUUUGCCCACACGCUCCUGGUGCUGCUGAGCUGCUUCAUAGUGUGCCUGGAGAAACCGGACCUGUCUCCAGAGAUGCGAUGGAAGCUGGAUGUGGCCAGCGUGAUCUUCACCAUCUUCUUUGUCCUUGAGAUCCUGGUCAAGGUCAUUGGAGAUGGGUUAUUUUGUGGAGCCAUGCCCUACCUUCAGUCCCCUUGGAACAUCUUUAACGUCUUCCUGGUGGUGGUCUCCCUGGUGGAUAUCGUGUACAUGAUGACGUUUCCAUACAGGCCGAGAAUCCUGACGACGUUAAAGAUUCUCCAGCUGUUCCGGGUGCUGAGGAUGAUGACUGAGUCCAUCAUGAUGAACACAGUGUUAGAGCCCCUGGUAGAUGCUGUUUCUGGCUCCAUCACAGCUGUGGGCACUCUGACGAUCAUCUUCAUGUUUUUGUACAGCCUCCUGUGCAUUCAGCUGUUUAGAGGGUCCUUCUACUACUGUGAAGGAAGCAAUCUUGCUAACAUCAGGACCAAGGCCAACUGCCUGAACGCUGGCUAUCAGUGGCUCAGAAAGCCGUAUGACUUCAAUAGCGUGCCGUUUGGAAUGCUAACCAUGUCGAUCAUGUUCACAAUGGACGGAUGGUCAGACAUCAUGUACAACGGCAUCAAUUCUGUUGGAGUUGAACAACAGCCGGUGCACAACAACAAGCCCUGGGCAGCCAUCAUUUUUGUCAGCUUCAUGUGGCUGAGCUUCUUCCUGGCGGACAUGUUCAUCGGAGCGGCUGCAGAGGGUCAGCAGUACUUCUUGGUUCGUCGGAGGGAGCAGCUGUGGUCCCUGCCCAGAAUCGAGACACGCCGGACGAGGUACACGCUGCUGCAGAUGAGGGCACAAGCAAUUCUGUUUGACCCUCGCUACAAAGCUGCCAUCAACCUGUCCGUCUUCUUCAGCGUGGCGCUGAUGGGUGUGGAUAUGAGGCAUCAGACCACGUCUGUCGGCGUCCUGGUGAUCCUCUGUCAGGUCAUCUUCACCGGCGUCCUGACCAGUGAGAUUUUAAUCACACUGGUUGGGUAUGGCUUCAGGAGAUUCCUGUCCAACAAGUUGCUCUAUGGUUAUUUCUUCAUCACGUUGAUCAUGGGCAUCAACCUGUCCUUGGACGUGAUGCAGCUGACGGACUCGAUGACCUUCAGCCCAACAGCCUUGAGGGUCUUUCGGCUCCUCCGCUACUCACAAGCUCUGAGGGCGAAGACGGUGAGGAAGUUUACUGCGAUCCUCGUGAAGAGCCUGCAAUGGAUCUUCCCCCUCUGUGUCUUGCUGGCGUUUGUCCUCGUGGUGUACGCCAAUGUUGGGGUGGAUGCGUUCAGCACUUUGGAAUGCUCUAAGGACUACCCCUGCAUCGGCCUGAACCGCUACGCUAACUUUAAAGACUUUGGACCUGCGUUUCUGACCGUCAUCAGGAUAUUCACAGGCGACAACUGGAGUGACCUCUGGAUCGACGCCAGCAGACCAUGCAGACCCGGAAACGACUCCUGCGUUGGCAGAGACAAAUGGAUCCCAAUGAUCUAUUUUGUUUCAUUCGUCAUCAUCUCCCAGAUCAUCCUCUGGAACACGCUUCUAGCAUUCGUCAUAGAGGCCGUGGAGCAGAACACCGAGAUAAGACACGAGGAAGAGCUGAAGGAGGAUGAGCGGGAGUGGGAGCUGGAGGACCGGCAGAGGGGAGUUGCAGCAGCAAUAGCAGCAGCAGGGAGCUGCAGCAGGAGCAGAAGUAGCAGCAGUGGGAGCAGCAGCAGCAGGAUCAGUAUUAGCAGCAGCAGGAGCAAGAGUAGCGGCAGCUGGAGCAGCAGCGGGAGCUGCAGCAGGAACCUGAGUAGCAGCAGCGGGAGCUGCAGCAGGAGAAGCAGCAGCAGGAGUAGCAGCAGCGGGGAGUUGGAGCAGGAGGAGCAGCAGCGGGAGCUGCAGCAGGUGCAGGAGGAGCAGGAGUCUGGAUAAACGGACAGCAGUACUCCUCCAACAAAAACGUUCAAGUUUUCAGGACUACCUCUUUCCUCCAGGCAUCAUCUUCUCCCUGACAGAUAAGUUCUCCUCCUCCUCCAUGAGGAUCGAUGCUCUCUCCUUCUUUAACGUCCUCCUCCUCUCACACCCUCCACAAACCUCUCAGCGGCACAUGCAGGUUCUUCUCCGUGGUUCCCUUUAGAACACUGUUACUGCCGUUUUGGAGCCCAGUGGUGUGUUGCACUCCCAUUUUCAUGUUCAGCAGUUCAGCACCUUGGACAGCUGCUCCUUGGGAAGCUGUCUUUACUUCAGGACCAUGGACAGCGCCAGAGCAGCCGUCACGUCCAGCUGGGACUUUUCAGCUCGUCAGCCGGCCCGUCAAAAGCGGCCAGCUGAAGCUCAUCAGGGGAGAGAAAUGUUUGUAGGUUGCACCAGCAACGUGUGUUCUCUCCCCUUUGUGGUUAUCUCGGUCUUGUGGUUAAAACCAGGUUGUUUGGCUUUCUUUUGAGAAAAGUAAUCUUAGGAAUUUUGAUGUUUAGAGAUAUUCUUAGUUAACCGGUAAUUGUUGGUUUGGUGAGUCUCUUAGACUACCUUUGGUAAAUGACCAGGUGGGGUUUUUCC